CAUAUAUGCCGGGGCUGUUACCCAAUGGAGCGAAGUCCCAGGGUCGAGGAUUACCUCUGCUGGCUCCCAUCUAAGUCAUUAUCAGCUAUCCACAGGUAUACGGCGCACACAGGAAUAAUGGCUCUGAUCCACUCAAGGUUCAAUCCAUUCCUUGUCCUGAUUGUCGGGAUUCAUCUUGGAACACUUGGCCUGUAUCUCACGUUCAGAUCAUCGUCACAGAACGUCCUUGUCCUGCUUACAGAACGAUUGGUGGGCAUUGUCUUCAUGUUGGCCUCUGUGGUAGCAGCAGACAUAUACAGAUCCAAACCCGUACACUCCCAUACAUGGAGUUCCAUGCUACAACAAUACGUCAGCUUCAAGAAGCUCCUCAUCCAACAUUACCAUCUCAAGAGAAAGAUUCUAGCUUCUAUGCAGGACGUGAAAACCGCACAGGCUCACCUCCUGAGAGACAUCCUCAAUCAAAGAGCUGAUGUGGCAUAUGGUAAAGAUUUCAAAUUCAGUGACAUAAAAACGGUAGAGGAAUUUCUCGCCAGGCACCCACUAACCACGUACAUACACUAUGAGUCGUACGUGUCUCGUGUGGUUGAUGGAGAGCGUGAUGUCAUGUUUCCGGGAGCUCCCCAAUAUAUCGCCCUUUCUUCGGGAACAACCUCAGGAAAAAGUAAGAGACAUCCAAAGGACCUGAAAUUUUUCGGUAAAAUAAGUUGGAUGUAUUUCGUCUAUCUCAGAACCACACUGUUCCGCUUUCGACACAUGUCAAAGCUGCAAUUAUGGCAUGACAUCCGUGUUAAACCACCCAUCACCAAGUCACAUCUGGGUGUUCCUAUGGGUGCCGGGAGUGGUUCAGCAUAUUUUGUAUGUCCCUUCUCUGCGUCACCACCGGAAGUGUACAGCUUGGAAAAGGAGCAGACGUCAUUGUAUCUUCACUCAUUAUUUGGACUCAAAGAAAGGUGCGUGACACUUUUCAGUUCACUGUCAACUCCGCUUGCAUUGAACUUCUUUAAAACCAUUCAGAAGUACUGGAAACAGUUGUGUGAGGAUAUCGAAUCCGGGACAAUAAACCAAACCAUUGACCUUGAACCUGGCACGAGACAAAAACUACAGACAUCAUUGACCCCAGAUUCAGAAAGAGCCGAUGAACUUCGGAAGAUAUUCCGUAAAGGAACUUCUCACUUCGGUCCACGUGUGUGGCCGAACAUGGCAGCCCUCCACGCUCCGGGAACAGGUAGUUUCUCAUUUGCGACUGAGCUUCUGAAGAAGAACUUUCUGGGAGAGGUGCCAGUGUCAUCCGGCGUCCAUAUCUCGUCUGAGGGUCUGUACGGUCUCAACCUGCACGUGGAGGAUCAGACAAAGACGGAGUACACAAUCCUGCCAUGUUUGAACUUCUAUGAGUUCAUACCUGAAGACUCUAUAGACAAGGAGGAUCCCACGACUCUUCUAGCUCACGAGGUUGAGGUAGGUGGAGAGUAUGAGAUGGUGGUGACGACGUGGAUGGGGCUGUACAGAUACAGGACCGGGGACGUCGUGCGAGUCAGCAGCUUCACGGGGACGACUCCCAACUACACCUUCUCCCAAAGAUCGUCUGACUUUAUCGACAAGUACCCGGAGUUCUUGUUCACGAAGGCCGUUAAGGACGCCGCUAGAACGUGGACGUCAGGAACAUCGUUAUACAACUACAUGGCAUGUGAAAGCCAGCAUGUAGAGGCAAUAACAGGUGACGUCACGUCUUCGCGAUACUUCUAUAUAUUUCUGGAACUUGAGGAUAACUCUGCCUUAACAGAUGAAGACAAAGAAAAGGUUGACAGUGCAUUACAAUCCCACUUUGAAUUCUUUCGCGGCAGCCGUAUAACGGGGAGGAUUGGCGCUCCUGUUGUGAUCCAGGUGAAGUCCGGGACGCUUGACAUCAUCAAGCAGGUCAACUGUGACCUCAACUCAAAGGCUGCAGUACAACAGUACAAGUACCCGAAGUUUACGAUGAAACCCGAACUGAUACGAAUCCUGUUGGCAAACAAGUUGUGAUUGUUAACUGUGGUAAGAUAUCCUACCUGGAUAUAGAAACCACGCCAUGAAACCAUUUAAUCGUGUUGCGAAACAGUUUGUCAAUGUGCAACUGGGUUAAAAUGUCGACUAAUUGAUGAACUUAUCACUGCUCAAACUGUUGUGGUCUUCGCACACAUGAUUAUUCAGAAUUUGCAACUGCUUCCGACUGUAAAAUAUCUUGCACCAUUUUCAAGCUAAAUGUGACUACAACUGAUGCUGUUCUUGCGUAUAUAGAUUUUGUAUUUUGUACCUUUCUAGAAAAUGCAUGGACGAAAAUUCAACCGUUCCUUCACAGCAACAUAUCCAAUAAAUAUUUACAUGAUUUGUGA